CCAGAAGUGGUGUUGUGUAGGUCCAAAAGGUCAACCCAAGGACAACUCCCAGCAAGACAGCCCCAGCUAACCAGGUGACCUGCAGCUUUACCAAUGGGCUUCUGGCUCAGCCCCCCUUUAUAAGAGGGGCAGCCAUUAUAAUCUCUCUCUUCCACCACUCUUGAUCCUGAGGCACAGUAAAGACCAGACGUCUCAGAGAUAGUUUCCAGCACAUCUGGAGGCCUCAAGCUUACCUACAGCCACAUGCCAGCAUAAAUGGCGUGGAAUAAAAUCUCUACAUACCUCCAGCUCUUGGUAUUGGUUCAGCUGUGUAAAUGCAGCAUUGAUUCAUGUCCAACACCUUGCAGCUGUUUUCCAUUGCAAACAAGAGGACUUAUUGUAAACUGCAGCUCAAGGAACCUUAAAGAUGUGCCAGAUCUCCCCGUGAUCACUGUACGGCUGUAUUUGCAGAAUAACCUUAUAACAUCUGUUUCUCCUGGAGCACUUGACCACUUGGUCAGCCUCCAGGAGGUCGAUGUAUCCAGCAAUCCUUGGAAUUGUGAUUGUCAAAUUCUGUACCUGAAAAGCUGGCUGGACGCAAUACCGUUGCAGAGGAACGCAGCUAACCUAAGAUGUGCAACCCCAAAUACAGUAUCAAUGAAACCAUUCCAGAACCUCACUGGAAAUGAUAUGACUUCAUGUAGAAGAACGUGGCCUAUCAAGUGUAGAAAAUUCUUUGUACGAGACCUUUAUAUGAUCGGUCUUGUUGUGUUGGUGCUUAUAUUGAUGUCCUAUGUAGUUCGAAUGGCAAGAAAACUGGCUUGUCGUGUUGCAGUAACUACUGCCUUUCAAUACAAAAAGGCCCUAAAUGAAAGCUUCAAGUCAAAGUAAUACAAAACCUGACUGCAAUGGUCGAUUAUAAAUAGGACACCUAGGAUCUGCCAUUAGAAGGGCAGUUCUGUAUUCUAUGUCUUCAUCACAAAUUGUACGAAUUUAAUGAAUGUUAAGCCAUGUUUAUUUUGAGGGAUAUAUGGGGGCUGAAUUUGUUUUUGUUUGAUUGUGGUUAGAAAAAUCAUUUCA